AUGCAUGCUGAAAAGUCCUACGUUGGCAGGAACGGUCUCUUCGUUCGAAUUCAGCUGGAUGGUAGUUUUUUGAGCGCGUUUUCCUCAAAACUUCCUCUUUCAGGCCGCAACUGUCAGCUACUGAACCUGGGUUGUCCGCUUCCACUCAUAUGCAACUAUCUCCGGGAGAAGUUUAUAAAACUAGUCGAAGGUGAGUUCGUACCCCGGUUAUAGCGCCUCAGAUCCGCUCACACAGGUUGAACUCUCAACCACCACGGGAAACCUACUUGGGAUUACAGAUGCGGCUACUUUUGAAAAGAAAGUUUCUCUGGUUGAUCGUAAUGCUGUUGUAAUACCCGUGGUCGUCCAAAGUAGGCCUAGCGACUUUAGAUUACCCCUCCCCCUUGCCAUAGAGGAUGAUAGCGGACAAAUUACAGAUGUUAAACCCCUCAUGGAGGAUCAUGAGACGGUGUAUCCGGGUUUACUAGGUUGUUCACUUUGUGGCGAGCUUACUUUUCUCCUCCCUCUAGAGCUCAUCACGAAGCAAGCAAACGAAAAGGAUGAUGGGAAGUGGCGGACCUCAUAUGCUCCCAAAUCCAUUGCUAGACAGGGCGGCAAAAGGACUAAGAAGUGA